AUGAAGUUUUUGACACUUUUGACUAUUGUGGAAUUAAUAUUUGUGAGUGGUGUAGAUUCUACACCUGCUGCACCACCUCAACCAGGUUUGAGAAUUGGUGAGAACGACCGAAAACAAAUUGAUGAACUUGUACAUCAAUUAGAAAUACUCAAUGCUGAAAAUAGCAAUUUGGUGAAUGAUUUUACCGAAGAUUACCAACUCAUUCUGAGAGAUCUUGACUUUGAGGACUUGUCAGCAAGAUCUGAUCUUCCAAUAUUAGAUACUGUCUUCAGACUUGUCAACAAUUCCGGUGUUGCUAUUAUUGCUACUGAUUUUCUUUUGACACGGGAGCCAUUACUUGACACUGCUAUAGAUACGUUGGUGCGUGCCAUUGAUGAACAAUGGGUAAACCUUACUACAAUAUUUAUUGCUCUUGAUCAGUCAAAUUUACUUUUAGACACGUUGAUGCAUGCUAUUAAAGAUCCAGAUGUGUUACCUGGUUUAUUGAGGAUCACCAAAGAAGUGAUCAAUCAAUCUGGAUUUCGGAUUUUUAAUGUUCGAGAAACCAAAGAUAUUGCCUCUUAUUCGCAAGAGGCUUCUGCAUCUAUGGAUGUUUUUAAAAGAGAGAAUUCCUUAUUGGUGUUAUUAUUCACAUCUUUAAAAGAUUCAGGCUUGGUUGUUGCUUUGAGUAAACACAUUCUAACGACCCCGGAAUUGGCCCCUGGUGCUGCUCAUUUUGUGUGGAGAAUAUUAAAGUUACGGCCGCUGACACUUUAUAAAAUAUUUGAUGCCUUGAAAAGAUCUAACUUAAUUUGGAAUUUGCUUAGAGAAAUUAUCAAUGUUCCAGCAAUUUUAUCUAAUUUUAGCACAAUUGUCACUCAAACUAUUACCCAAAAACUCAAUUUACAAUAA